AUGACCGUCUGGCGACGCUGGCGUUGGGGUCGCAAAACGGUCCUCAAGCGACGUGAGCAAUCGCGACGACAAGGACGACGGAGAAGCGCACGACCAAACUUACAAGAGGCGGGACCUCAGCGCAGCCACGACGAUGCUGCCGACGAUGCUGCCGACGAUGCUGCCGACGAUGCUGCCGACGAUGCUGCCGACGAUGCACCGCCGCCCAAGCGGUUGAGACGCGGUGCUGAUGCAGGAUCGGCUGGGGGAUCAUCUCCACCACCACAGGGGCUUGGAAGUUCUGGGGUUGGAAGGCCAAACGGCCGUGAACGAGCAGAGAGGCCUACAGAAAGACCAAAUUAA